GUUUGCUCCCUGGAAGGAGGGAAGGAAGGAAAACCAGCCCUUGCUGCUGCCCUGCCCCACUGCUGGCUCUGCGGGUGAUGAAGCUGGCUCCUCUCCUCCUCCUCCUCCUCCUCCUCCUCGGCUUGCUGUGGGGCUGCAGCGGGCGACCCGCUGACAAGCUGGAGGUGAUGCCGCAGGCACCAGUGGUGUGGUACGGGGGCUCGGUGGAGCUGAACUGCUCCCUGGCCUGCGCGGAGGGCACGGUGCAGUGGAAGGGGCUGGACACCAACCUGGAGAGCAUCACCUCCUUCCCCACCCACAGCAUCCUGCACAUCAGCAGCGCCGUGGUCGCCAUGGCGGGCACCAAGAUCUGCCAGGGGACCUGCCAUGGGAAGCACUACCAGCACAGUGUCGACCUGAAAGUCUAUGCCCUCCCAGACACGCUGCAGCUGGAGGUGUCCCCCCGUGCCCUGGUGCCGGGGCAGCCAGCCAGCCUGCGCUGCUCGGCUGGGCAAGUGUACCCACUCACGGGGCUAGUGCUCACCUGGUACCGGGGGGACCAAGCGCUGCAGGACGCAGACUUCGAUGCCACAGAGACCGACGAGGAGCUGUUCGACAUCGUGUCCACGCUGCUGGUGGCCGGGGAGGAUGUGGGAGAAGGGGUGGAGUUCAAGUGUGAGGUGACGCUGAGAAUCAAGCAGGAGACCUUCACCCGGGUGGCAUCUGUGGCCGUGAGCGCUGGGGCUGUGUCGGAGCAGCCGGUGGCCGUGGCCAGCUCCCCAGCGAGCCCCUGGAUGGGGACCCCCAGCCCAGCUGGGCCUGUGACCACCGCAGCGCUGACCCCAGGGCCAAGUGUCCCCACACACAAUUCCACCACGUCGCGGGAGCCUGAUGCUGAGACUGUUCCAGAGCUGGCUGCUGCCACAGAACACCCCUCCACAGACAGCCUGGCCCCCCGGGACCUCAUCACAGGCAGCUCCACAGCACAGCCGGCCACUGGCACACUCCGUGGCUCUGGCACCAUGAGCCCCGCAGCAGAGGCGCGGGGGACAGCCGCGGACGGCCUCGGCUGGGGCUCUUCCCAGUCUGCGAAGGGGACAGUGCCCGCCUGCAGCCUGCAGAUCUGGUCGCUGCCUCCCAAGGGGACGCGGGGCAGGGCCCUGCGCAUCGAGUGCUGCGCGCGCUGCCCCGGGAAUGCCACCGUCAGCUGGCUGCGGACCCCCGUGGCCCUCUCACAGUACCGGGAGGAGGCAGCGGGCAGCAGCUCCACGCUGCGGCUGGACCGCGCCGAGCCCCAGCACCAGGGCCACUACCAGUGCACCCUCCUCGGCCAUCACUCCCAGGUGGUCAGUCUGCAGCUGACGGUCUCGGACGAUUCGUUCGGCACGGGGCCUGCCAUCGCCAUGGGGUCGACGGUCUCGCUGUUGGGACUGGUCGUGACUGGCGUCGUGUCUCGUCGCCUGUGGAAACGAUUCAGCUCUCAGUACGAGCUGCCCUAGGAGCGGGCAGACCCUAGCACGGACCCUCCGGACCAGUCCCCGCUGUUGCCCUUCCCACCGUCGGCCUCUCCCGGCCCCGGGACAAGGAGCAGCCGAGGGAGCCCCCGGCGGAGUGUGGGAGAGGGGAGCAGCCCCCGCCUCGGCACCCAGAGACCCCCGAGCAAAGCCUCACCCGUGCUGGAGGCACUGCCUGGGAUGCUGAGGGGCUAA